AAAAUCGCAUGUUUUAAUUUCUGUUCAUCCGACAAAGAGAAACCCAAACAUAUAUCUGGACAUUUUAAGAAAUGCUUUCCUUUCACUUUUAAUUGAAUUACGUGCGCCGAUUUCCAAGUGGGAGAGAAGUUCGAAUCACUGUUGUUUACCGUACGGCUUUAUCAAAUCAACAGCUGACCCUGCAGGUCAAGUAAAAAAAAAACAACAACACAAGCUUAAAAACAGGCCUGGUGCUCCCAAUCCCAAUCAGAUGUAUCAGCGCAUUCAAAACGUGUGUUACGAGAGACACUGCGGCGCUUCGUCUUGGGCUUGCUGAGCCAAAACCAUGAAAGCAAUCUUGGCUUACAUUUUAUUGUUGGCCACAAACUGGCCAAAGCCUGUAGUAUCUCUAAGCCAACCAUGCGAUCUACGAUUAACGAAUUAUGGAAGUGUUUGUGUUUGCAAUCAAACGUAUUGCGAUUAUAUAGAACAAACUAAUCUCGAUGAUGACUUACAAAUUUUAGUGAUUAGCUCUAGCAGGAAUGGUUUGCGUUUUAAGAGCACCAAAGGAAGCUUUCAGGACAAGUACAUGAGCAUUUUAGACUAUAAACCCAGCAGUGACUAUGAAACAGAUGCCAUUAUUGUUGAGGAUAACAGAGCCUGGUUGCAGCUUUCAAGGAAACCUACUCAGAAGAUUAAAGUUUCUGUGAAACGUGAACAACGUUAUCAGAAUAUCACCAAUUUUGGUGGAGCCUUCACAGGAAGUGUGUCUCAUAUACUCCAAAAGUUGCCUACGGAACUGCAAGAUCAUGUCUAUAGAUCUUACUUUCAUUCGGAUGGAAUAGCUUAUAAUAGCCUUCGUAUGACCAUAGGGGGCUCCGAUUUCGAUCUAGAACCAUGGGCAUAUAAUGAACUACCGCGCAAUGAUCCGCUUUUAACUAAUUUUACCAAGCUGGAUAAACGUGAUUUAAUAAAAAUCCAUCAAAUGGAACGUCUUAAAACUGUUGGCAAUCUAAAAACACUGAAAAUUAUGGCCACUGCCUGGAGUGCACCACCCUGGAUGAAAAACAAUGAUCGCUGGACAGGUUUUGGUCAAUUGAAAACGGAAUAUUAUGAAACAUGGGCCAAAUACUAUCUCAGAUUUCUUGAACUUAUGCAGUCUAAAAAUAUGCCGAUUUGGUCCAUAUCCACUGGUAAUGAGCCUUUAAACGGCAUUAUUGGCUUCUUUUUUGUACGCUUCAUGAGCAUGGGCUGGACCCCAUGGCAGCAGGCAAUUUGGCUGAACGAUUAUCUGGGGCCACUCAUAAAGAACUCAACGCAAAGUCAUGUGCUAAUCUUUGGCAAUGAUGACCAACGCUAUACGUAUCCCUCCUAUUUUCAUAAGAUGCGUGCCUCUCGUCCAAAUGCUUUGGACUACUUGGAUGGUCUGGCUGUUCAUUGGUAUUGGGAUGAUGUAUUUGGCCCCCAAUUAAUUGAUAAGACCCAUGAGGAGAUGCCAAAUAAAUUAUUAUUAAAUACAGAAUCUUGUGUUGGCGAUAAACCAUGGCAAACCCAUGGCCCAGAGUUGGGCAAUUGGGAUCGCGGUGAGCAAUAUAUGAGAUCAUAUAUGCAAGAUUUCCAGCAUCAUUUUAAUGGCUGGCUGGAUUGGAAUCUAGUAUUAGAUGAGCAAGGUGGACCCAAUUAUGUAAACAACUAUGUGGAUGCUCCAAUAAUUGUGAAUACAACGAGUCGUUCGGAGAUUUAUAAGCAACCAAUCUAUUAUGCCAUAGGACAUUAUUCCAAGUUUUUGCCCGAACAAUCUGUGCGCAUCGAAACGGAGACCAAUUUAACCAAUGAAUUUGCUCAACUCAAAGUCGUCGGUUUUCUACGUCCGGAUGGCACUGUGGUGCUGAUCAUAUACAAUGGUGAAAAUCUGACAGUGGAUGUCGCCCUCAAAGAUAGUCAAAGUGGAGAAUUUAAUCUAAGCAUUCCAGCACGCUCUUGGCACACAAUAUUGUAUAAAUGAGUUUCCUGGAAAUGAGUUAAACUUAGGGAUACACCGAGACGAGAGUCCAGCUGCAACACGCUGCCCAAAGGACCAAUUAGGAUAGGACAACGGAGUGAAACAACAAAACGGAAGCCCAUAAAUUGCCUUUAACAGGAUAAGAAACGCAUACAUACAUAUGUACAUAAUACAAGUAUAUUUUAGAUCUCCAGAGACAUCAAGAUACAAAACGGAAAUUUGUUUAAGCUACUCAAUUUGCCGUAACGCGUCUGUUUACAAUGAAAUUUCAUUUGCCGUUUAGUUUGGUGCUGCAUCGAGAUAGUCGUCUCCUAUGUACACAUAUAGACACAUAGUAUGAGGGUGGUUACGGAUCCGGCAAGUACAAAGAAUUUGUUGGGAUCGGAUCAACUUGAGUGACAACUGCCAGUGGAGCGGCAAUAACGGCCAACCAAAAACUACACAUAUCUCUUGCAUAAAUAUUUUCCUUAAGUUUUUCUUUCAGAUUUCUGUUUUUUUUUGUUUUUUUCUUGGUUUCUUUUUUUUUUUGUGGUCUGAAAUAUGCUCUAUAAAUAUGAUUGUCAAUUGAGCGGCACGCAAAUGCAUUUUCCUCACUGGCUAAGUGUCCGCACACAAAAAAAAAUGGGGCGUUUUAUGUAAAUCUAUAAAUUAAGACUUGAAACGUUUAUUAUUUUGAAAUGAAUUUGAUUUUUUUUUUGGUUUGCACUAA